CUUAUUGUAGAUACUAUAUACGAUGAGGAUGAAGUUCUGCUGGCCUUAGCUGAACAACUUGGAUCGUUCACUCCCCUUGUAGGAGGCCCAACGUAUGUCAACUGUUUGUUGCCUCCGCUUGAGAGCCUGGCCACUGUGGAGGAGACAGUGGUACGGGACAAAGCGGUGGAGUCGCUGCGAACCGUCUCCAAGGAGCACUCCUCAUCCGAUCUGGAGCGUUACUUUGUGCCGCUGGUGAAGCGUCUGGCUGGCGGUGAUUGGUUCACCUCACGGACCUCGGCCUGUGGCCUCUUCAGUGUGUGUUACCAGCGUGUCUCCAACCCAGUCAAGGCAGAGCUGAGGCUGAACUUUAAGAAUCUGUGCGCGGAUGACACUCCCAUGGUGCGCCGAGCUGCUGCUUCAAAGCUGGGCGAGUUUGCCAAGGUCCUGGAGCUGGAAAACCUGAAGUCCGAGGUUCUCCCCAUGUUCACAGCAUUGGCCUCUGACGAGCAGGACUCUGUGCGGCUCCUGGCGGUCGAAGCCUGUGUGAGUAUCGCCCAGCUCUUGAAGCGCGACGAGGUGGAGAAGCUGGUGAUGCCCACCCUGCACCAGGCGGUGGAAGACAAAUCCUGGCGCGUGCGCUACAUGGUGGCGGACAAAUUUACUGAGUUGCAGAAAGCCAUCGGGCCAGAGAUUACCAAGAAGGACCUGGUGCCAGCCUUUCAGAACCUGCUGAAAGACUGUGAAGCUGAGGUGCGGGCAUCCGCUGCCAACAAGAUCAAAGAUUUCUGUGAGAAUCUGCCCACAGAGGGACAGCAGCAGAUUAUAAUGACCCACAUCCUACCCACUGUUAAAGAGCUGGUAUCGGAUGCAAAUGAGCAUGUGAAGUCUGCCCUGGCUGCUGUUAUCAUGGGCUUGUCUCCAAUGCUGGGGAAGGAGAACACCAUUGAGCACCUCCUGCCCCUCUUCCUCGCACAGCUGAAAGAUGAUUGCCCAGAGGUCCGACUGAACAUCAUUUCCAACCUGGACUGUGUGAAUGAGGUGAUUGGCAUCAGGCAGCUGUCACAGUCUCUGCUCCCUGCCAUUGUUGAGCUGGCAGAAGAUGCAAAAUGGCGGGUGCGAUUGGCCAUCAUCGAGUACAUGCCUCUGUUAGCAGGCCAGCUGGGUGUUGAUUUCUUCAAUGAGAAACUGAACUCACUCUGCAUGGCUUGGCUGGUGGAUCAUGUGUACGCCAUUCGUGAGGCAGCCACCAACAAUUUGAAGAAGCUCACCCAGAAGUUCGGCAAGGUUUGGGCUCAGAACACCAUCCUUCCCAAGGUGCUGUCUAUGUCAACCAAUCCCAACUACCUCCACCGAAUGACCACUCUCUUCUGCGUCAAUGCUCUGUACGAAGUCUGCGGGAAAGAUAUCACCACCAAAAUAAUGCUGCCCACUAUCCUGCGGAUGGGGAGUGAUGCCGUGGCGAACGUUCGUUUCAAUGUGGCCAAGACGCUGCAAAAGAUCGGGUCCAUCCUGGAUUACAGCCCGUUGCAUAACGAAGUGAAGCCGGUGCUCGAAAAACUGAGCAGGGACCAGGAUAUCGAUGUGAAAUACUUCGCCCAGGAAGCGUUAAACGUGCUGUGCCUGAAUUAAAGUGGGGUUGAUCCAGACUCCAUGGUCACUGCCUUCACACGUUCAGCACCUGAGCAGCCUGCACGAUCGAGAGUGUCUUCUCCUCUAAACUACCGAGCUCGUCCUGGGCAGGCAGGCAGGGAGGAAAGAACGCUCAAAAGAGAUUCAUCUCUCAACCAGAAGCUGAGUGCUAACAGCUUCGCUGUGCUCAGUUUGCCACUUCACUGAAAGCAAUGCCUUGUCCAGAAUUGUUACCUCAUCUUCUCUCCUUCCCUUCUUCCCAAGUUUCUCUCCCCUUCUGCUGCUCGACUCUCUUGUUUUUCCUUAAAACCUGCAGUUCACAAUGUUACAAAUGAAAUUUUGGUCAUUUUCUGUUGCUGUUCUAACUGGUUGACACACAAAUGAAUUGUUGUAAAAUAAAGAUAGUUCAAGUGUUUACUUCAA